GGUGUGUCCCCUGACAUGAUGAAGCUCAUUAUAGAAUACGCAUACACUCGGACAGUACCGGUCACGGUGGAGAAUGUCGAGAGGCUGCUGGCGGCAGCGGACCAAUUCAACGUCCUCGGAAUUGUCAGAGCUUGUUGUGAAUUUCUUGAAUCCCAGUUAUGCCUGGAAAACUGCAUUGGGAUCUGCAAAUUUGCAGACUACUACUUUUGCCCAGAGCUCCGACACAAAGCCUACAUGUACAUCCUGCACCACUUUGAGGAGAUUGUGAAGGUGAGUGAGGAGUUCCUUGAGCUUUCAGCCUUUGAGCUCAGAGACAUCAUUGAGAAGGAUGAGUUGAAUGUGAAACAAGAAGAUGUAGUGUUUGAUGCCAUUCUCAAGUGGAUUGCCCAAGACCCAGACAUCAGGAAAAAGUCCAUUGUCAUACUGCUGCCCAAGGUGAGACUGGCCCUAAUGAACGCGGAAUACUUCAUGAACAACGUGAAGAACAACGAUUAUGUGAAGGACAACGAUGACUGCAAACCCAUCAUCAUCAACGCGCUGAAGGCCAUGUACGACCUCAACAUGAACGGGCCGUCCAGCUCGGACUUCCGCAACCCGCUGACCAGACCCCGGCUGCCCUUCUCCAUUCUGUUCGCCAUCGGGGGCUGGAGCGGCGGCAGUCCGACCAACGCCAUCGAGGCUUACGAUGCCCGCGCCGACCGCUGGGUCAAUGUGACCUGCGAGGAGGAGAGUCCCCGGGCUUACCACGGCGCCGCCUACCUCAAUGGCUUCGUCUACAUCAUCGGCGGCUUCGACAGCGUGGAUUAUUUCAACAGCGUCAAGCGCUUUGACCCGGUGAAGAAGACGUGGCAGCAGGUGGCCCCCAUGCACUCGCGGCGCUGCUACGUGAGUGUCACCGUCCUCGACAGCUUCAUUUACGCCAUGGGAGGAUUCGACGGCUACGUGCGGCUCAACACGGCCGAGCGAUACGAACCUGAGACUAAUCAGUGGACGUUGAUUGCGCCGAUGCACGAACAGCGGAGCGACGCCAGUGCCACCACCCUGCACGGCAAGGUCUACAUAUGUGGAGGAUUCAAUGGUAAUGAGUGCUUGUUUACAGCUGAGUUCUAUACUCCAGAAACCAACCAAUGGACAACAAUAGCACCCAUGAGAAGCAGGCGUAGUGGUGUUGGCGUUAUAGCUUACGGUGAAUGCGUGUAUGCAGUUGGAGGCUUUGAUGGUGCUAAUCGUCUCCGGAGUGCUGAAGCCUACAGCCCACUCACCAAUACCUGGCGCACCUUGCCCACCAUGUUUAAUCCCCGGAGCAACUUUGGCAUUGAAGUGGUGGAUGAUCUAUUGUUUGUCGUGGGUGGCUUCAAUGGCUUCACAACGACGUUCAACGUGGAGUGCUAUGACGAGAAGACGGAUGAAUGGUACGACGCUCACGACAUGAGUAUCUACCGCAGUGCGCUGAGCUGCUGUGUGGUGCCAGGCCUGCCCAAUGUCCGGGAGUACGCAGCACCCAGAGACAAUCUGCUAGGAUUACUGUCCCGUGAGGAACAAAUAAAAUACUCGGCCUCUACCAGUAUUUUAGCGGUAUGA